UCCGCCCGCCUACCGCGCUUUUCCCUUCAACGUUCCUACUUUCCCUCCCUUCAAUGUCAAACCCAUCGAUAGUUAUUAAAGUGAAAAUCAAUUUCAGUGUCGUGUUAUCAGAUUAGUGUGUGGCAUGUAACCGGCGAAUAAUUAUUGCUGACACUUUAAGUGCGCCAUGCGGUGAACUCCGCUUAGUGGUAGCGUGGAUAUGGUCGACCCGUUGAAAAUAUUUUGGGUUUUGACAAACAGCACAUAUUUAGUGACUAAAUUCAUCCGUAUUGGAAUAGCAGACAAGAAUGACAACCCGCCGUAUUUCGAUAAGGAGCUGUACGAAGCUGAGGUCGACGAAAAUGAAGAUAUACAGCACACUGUUCUCACAGUCACCGCCAAAGAUCACGACGAAUCGUCGCGUAUUCGAUAUGAGAUCACGAGCGGGAACAUAGGUGGAGCUUUCGCCGUCAAGAACAUGACUGGCGCCAUCUACGUUGCAGGUGCUCUAGACUAUGAAACUAGGAAACGGUAUGAGCUGAGGUUGGCUGCGUCCGACAACCUUAAGGAAAACUACACAACAGUUGUGAUUCACGUCAAGGAUGUCAACGAUAAUCCGCCAGUGUUCGAGAGACCCACAUACCGAACCCAAAUCACAGAAGAAGAUGACCGCAAUCUACCCAAACGCGUGCUUCAGGUUACCGCUACCGAUGGCGAUAAAGACCGUCAACAAAAUAUCGUUUAUUUCUUGACGGGGCAGGGUAUUGAUCCUGAUAACCCGUCAAACAGUAAAUUUGAUAUAAACCGAACCACUGGAGAAAUAUUUGUUCUAAAGCCUUUAGAUCGUGAUCAGCCAAAUGGAAGACCACAGUGGAGAUUCACAGUUUUUGCUCAAGACGAAGGAGGCGAAGGACUGGUCGGUUAUGCCGAUGUUCAAGUCAAUCUUAAAGAUAUCAACGAUAAUGCUCCCAUCUUCCCUCAAGGGGUUUACUUCGGAAACGUGACUGAAAAUGGAACUGCUGGCAUGGUUGUUAUGACAAUGACGGCUAUUGAUUAUGAUGAUCCUGCGGAAAGUAACAAUGCUAAGCUCUGGUACUCUAUAGAGAAAAAUGUUAUUGAAGAAGAAACUGGAUCUCCCAUAUUUGAAAUUGAACCUGAAACUGGUGUUAUAAAAACGGCCGUUUGUUGUUUAGACCGUGAAAGGACACCGGAUUAUUCUAUUCAAAUAGUAGCGUCAGAUGGAGGGGGGUUGAAGGGUACUGGUACAGCAUCCAUUCGUGUUAAAGAUAUAAAUGAUAUGCCACCACAAUUUACAAAAGACGAAUGGUUUACUGAAGUAGAUGAAACAGAUGGUACUAAUCUUCCUGAAAUGCCUAUUCUUACUGUUACCGUUCAUGACGAAGACGAGACAAAUAAAUUUCAAUAUAAAGUCAUCGAAAAUAGUGGGUAUGGUGCUGAUAAGUUUACUAUGGUUAGAAAUAAUGACGGAACCGGGUCAUUAAAAAUUGUACAACCCUUAGAUUAUGAGGAUCAAUUACAAAGUAAUGGUUUUAGGUUUAGAAUUCAAGUUAACGAUAAAGGUGAAGACAACGACAAUGACAAAUAUCAUGUAGCUUAUUCGUGGGUAGUGGUAAAGUUAAGAGAUAUAAAUGACAAUAAACCCCAGUUUGACAGAGCAAAUAUUGAAGUAUCAGUUUAUGAAAACGCAGAGGUUGGAAAGAGUUUAGAAACCUUUAAAGCAACUGAUCCUGAUCAAGGUGGUAAAAGUAAAGUCUCCUAUGCAAUCGAUCGAUCUUCGGAUCGUAAACGCCAAUUCUCAAUAAAUCAAGAAGGCACUGUAAGUAUACAACGGUCUUUAGAUAGAGAAGAAACUCCUAGGCAUCAAGUUAAAAUAUUAGCUAUUGAUGAUGGUCUGCCACCAAGAACUGCAACUGCGACGCUAACAGUUAUAGUGCAAGAUAUAAAUGACAAUGCACCUACAUUUUUAAAAGAUUAUAGACCUGUAUUAACUGAACAUAUAACUCCUAAAAAGGUUGCCGAAAUCUUAGCUACUGAUGAUGACGAUAGAUCAAAGAGCAACGGUCCGCCAUUCCAAUUCAGACUAGACCCAGGUGCUGAUGAUAUUAUUAGAGCUUCCUUUAAAGUUGAACAAGAUCAAAAGGGUGCUAAUGGUGACGGAAUGGCUAUCGUAUCAUCGUUAAGAUCCUUUGAUAGAGAACAACAGAAGGAGUACCUUAUUCCUAUCAUUAUUAAGGAUCACGGUAAUCCUGCAAUGACUGGAACAAGCACUCUAACGGUUGUCAUUGGUGAUGUAAAUGACAAUAAAAUGCAACCUGGUUCUAAAGAUAUACUUGUCUACAGUUACCAAGGGCAAGCUCCAGAUACUGAAAUAGGUAGAGUAUAUGUUUACGAUCUAGAUGACUGGGAUUUGCCAGACAAAAAGUUCUUUUGGGAAAGUACUGAACAUCCUAAUUUCACUUUAAAUGAAGAAACUGGUAUGAUUCAAAUGAAACAUAAAACUCGAGAGGGUCGAUAUCAUUUGAAAUUCAAGGUUUAUGAUCGAAAACACACGCAAACUGAUGUACCUGCAAACGUCACAGUUUAUGUAAAAGAAAUAUCGCAUGAUGCUAUUAUAAACUCAGGAUCAAUACGAAUGUCGGGAAUAUCGGAUGAAGACUUUAUAAGAGUAUGGAAUUAUAAAACAUUAAGCGUUUCGAGAAGCAAAUUGGAUAUUUUUAAAGAUAAAUUGGCAGAUUUAUUGAACACAGAAAGAGAAAAUAUCGAUGUAUUCAGUGUACAGCUAAGGAAAAAACAUCCACCUGUUACAGAUAUCCGCUUCUCGGCUCACGGAGCACACUAUUAUAAACCAAUCCGACUUAAUGGUAUAGUUUUGAUGCAUAGAGAAGAAAUCGAAAGAGCUGUUGGAAUAAAUAUAACUAUGGUUGGAAUUGAUGAAUGUUUAUAUGAAAAUCAUGCAUGUGAGGGUUCCUGUACUAAUGUUCUCGAUAUAAGCAACUUACCUUACAUGGUAAAUGCAAAUAAAACCGCACUUGUAGGUGUUCGUGUUGAUGUUCUUGCAGAAUGCACAUGUGGCGCAAGAAAUUUCACUCAAGCAGAAACAUGCCGUAAUUCCCCAUGCUAUAAUGGAGGAAGGUGUAUAGAAGGUAAAUAUGGAUUAACAUGCUCUUGUCCUCCGGGUUACACCGGUCCAAGGUGUCAACAAACGUCACGCAGUUUCAGAGGUACCGGAUGGGCUUGGUAUCCGUCUUUAGAAAUGUGCGAUAGCUCCCACUUAAGCUUCGAAUUUAUAACAAGAAAAUCAGAAGGUGUACUUUUAUAUAACGGCCCGAUUGUACCACCGGAACCAGAAGAAAUUAUGGUAUCUGACUUUAUAUCGGUAGAGCUAGAGAGAGGCAACCCGCGAUUACUAAUAGAUUUUGGAUCUGGCACGCUGGAACUCAGAGUAAAAACUAAAAAGCCUUUAGAUGAUGGAGAAUGGCAUCGCUUAGAUAUAUUCUGGGAUACUGAAAAUGUAAGAAUGAUUGUAGAUUUUUGUAGAUCUGCUGAUGUACAAGAGAUGGAGGAUGGUACACCUCCGAAUUUUGAUGACUCAACCUGUCAAGCUACGGGAACGAUUCCUCCUUUCAACGAAUACUUAAAUGUUAAUGCACCACUUCAAAUUGGAGGUCUGUAUAUCGAACACUUUGACCCUACUCAUUAUCAUUGGCAGUUUAUGCCUAUUGGUAAAGGAUUUGAUGGGUGUAUAAGAAACCUCAUUCACAACAGUAAACUAUAUGACCUGGCUCAUCCUGGACUUUCUAGAAAUUCAGUUGCUGGCUGUCCCCAAACAGAAGAGAUAUGUAAUCAAGCAGAUACUACAUCUAGAUGUUGGGAACAUGGUACUUGUGUAGGUAGUUUCUCUGAAGCGAGAUGUCAAUGCCAACCUGGUUGGACAGGACCAUCGUGUAAUUUGCCAACUACACCUACUAGCUUUAGGCCUCAAAGCUACGUGAAGUUUGCUUUAAGUUUUGAACCUGAUAGGUUUAGUACUCAGAUUCAACUUCGAUUCAGAACACGUGAACCGCACGGUGAACUUUUUAGAGUAAGCGACCAACAUAACCGAGAAUAUGGUAUACUGGAAGUUAAGGAAUCACGACUGCACUUCAGAUUUAACUUGAACUCUUUGCGAACUGAAGAACGUGAUGUUUGGUUAAAUUCAGUAGCUGUAGAUGAUGGACAAUGGCAUAUUGCCCGCGUAAGCCGAUAUGGUAGUGCCGCUACGCUAGAAAUAGAUGGUGGCGAGGGAAGAAGAUAUAACGAAACCUUUACAUUUGAGGGCCACCAAUGGCUUUUAGUCGAUAAACAAGAAGGUGUGUAUGCUGGCGGUAAAGCAGAAUAUACUGGAGUAAGAACAUUCGAAGUUUAUGCUGAUUUCCAAAAAGGAUGCUUGGAUGAUAUACGCUUAGAAGGCAAACAUCUACCGUUGCCUCCGGCAAUGAACGGUACUCAGUGGGGACAAGCAACUAUGGCAAGAAACUUGGACCGCAACUGCCCGUCUAAUAGCCCUUGUAUCAACGUUCACUGCACGGAACCGUUUGUAUGCGUGGACCUAUGGAACGAGUACGAAUGCACGUGUCCCGACGGAUCCACGCGAGCUGGCGGCACUUGUGUGAACGUGAACGAGUGUUUGGCAAAUCCGUGCCUGAACGGCGGGGAGUGCGUUGAUCGCGAACCGACUCGCCGCUACGACUGUAUCUGUGCGUUUGGAUACGCCGGCCACGACUGCGAAUUAGAACUGCUCGCGUCGGGAAUCAUCAUGCCCUCCAGAGAUUUCAUUAUAGCUAUCAUUGUCUGUUUGUUUUUGCUUUUAGUUCUGGUUCUGGUAUUCGUGGUAUACAACCGACGGCGAGAGGCUCACAUCAAGUAUCCUGGCCCUGAUGAUGAUGUGCGGGAGAACAUAAUUAACUACGAUGACGAAGGAGGUGGUGAGGAUGAUAUGACGGCCUUCGACAUCACUCCACUACAAAUACCUAUUGGGGGACCGCUUCCAGAUCAUGUUCCAACAAAAUUACCUUAUCCUCUGAUGAGUGUUGGCCUGGGAGUUGGUCCAAUGGGUGUAAGCGUGGCUCCACCACUCGGCGUUUCCUUGCCCGGCGAGACCAAUGUUGGUAUGUUCAUUGAGGACCAUAAAAGACGGGCAGAUAGUGACCCAAAUGCCCCGCCUUUUGAUGACCUGAGGAACUACGCCUAUGAGGGAGGCGGCAGCACUGCUGGAUCGUUGUCUUCGUUGGCUUCCGGCACGGACGAUGAGAAUCACGAAUACGGCUACCUAACUGCUUGGGGCCCUCGCUUCGACAAGUUGGCUGACCUCUACGGACCCGAACUUGACGAACAACUGUAGAUUUGCAAAUAGUUCGAUCGGAUUUCCCGCGCCUAAAACCAUCGCGCAGAUUAGUCAAUUGUCACCCUUAUUUUAACCAUGACAGGGAGUGACGCAGCGGUCUAUGCAAUUCGAUACGCACCUGACGCGUGGGCUGUGCUCACUAUCAAUUAUUUAAAUUUAUUAAACGUGUUAGCUUAAGAGCGUUGACGUACUCUACGUCGCUACGUAUAAUCUUCACCAAAUAUUUGAUAUAAGUUUUUAUUCGAGUUAGCCAUAAAUAUUAUGAGUCAGUAUUUUAUUGGAAGUUGGAAUAAUGGAUUUCUGCUGGAGGGCCAUAAGCGAAUAAUGGGUGUUUGUAGAUAGUGUGCUAUAAAUGUGAAUAAUUUAUACGAGUAUUUUGUAAGUCCGCAGCUUUACGUGAUAUCUCUCGGCUUACGGCCCUUCCGUAACAAAUCGAUACCUACUAUGAAAAUAUAUGUUAUAUUUUAUAUUUAUAAUAUUUAAUAAAAUUCGUACAGACGUCGAGUUUAUAAUGCUCAUUCGGUAUGGAAUAAUCGCCGGGGGAUGUACAUAUAAUUAUUUAAAAACUUACCCCUAUUAGUUUUAACAAAAAUCGACAGCUCUAUUCGAAUCUCUUCGUAAGUGUACAGUAACUGGUGUUCCUCUCCAAAAGUCUCCAUUUGUAGCGUAGUUGUGUAGAUUACCUGUAAGCCCUCGGGCUCGUUGAGAAUUAAUAAAAUACGUAGAUUAAUGGUGGGGUGUUACUGUCGAGCGUCGUAAGAGCGACAAUACCUGAGGUGAUUGCGAGUGGAGUGAUUGAGGCACGCAGAAGUCAGCCGUCCGCUACUCGCAAGACGCAAUGCUCUCUCAGCUCCGUCUCCGGCAGUAACGGACGAAGGACUCUGCACGGACAUGAAUGAGACAGUGCCAAUUUAUGCAUACAUGUGUAUGCAGCUAAUAUGAUAAGUGUUUGCACUUUAUUUAUUUAUAUAUUUACGUAUAAAUUUAGUCGCACCUAGGAAAAUAUCAAUAACUUACUAAGAGUGUUGUGCUAGAUUUAUGUUAUCGAUUUUGACGUGAGAUAGUCGACGGAACCGUUAGAAGUCACUAAUUUAAAUCUAAUUUAUAAGAAUUUAUAGUAAAAUUAAAAUUAUUAAAGGUUUCGCAAACACUGUCUCACUUCGACAUCGAAUUAGGAUCAGUGUAAAUUUUAGAAUAUAUUGAUUAUUGUGUUAAAAUGACUGAUUUUUAUUAUGCGUUUGAAAGCCUAAGAUUACGUAGACUCGGUUAUUUCUUUACCUAAUAUAGAUUCGAACAUCUACUGUAAGAACACUCUAGUUUGCACCCAAGACGAAUAUUCAAGUCUCAAUAAAGCAAUUCUCGUUAAUUACUAUUCUUGUAAGUAGACGUUUAAUAUUUAGUCCGAGAUUGAUGUUCUAGGUUUUAUUGUUCUUUUAAAAUAUCAUUACACUGCCAGUAAUCAUAGACGAAGUACGAUAGGUUUUGGUCCGAUUUUAUAUUUUUCUCGUAUACAUGAAUAUUGUAAUUACCUACAUUUAAGUUUUUGAACUUUUUUAUAAUGAACGUGAUGCUCCGCUUUCAACUGAUUCGUGCUAAGAAUGCACAAACUCUUGAUUUAAGCUCUGCGUUGUCUCGAAACGUGUACCUUUACAAUUUACUAUGUUUAUACCAAAGACACUUAUGGCUGUAUAUACCCAAUGCUGUUGUCAUGUUUCCGGCAAAAUUACUGUUGUUUACAUUAAAGCGAAAUCGUUUGUGUUCAGAAUUUAUGCAUGAGUAACGUUCGUUGCAGCUGCCGCGGCUUAUAAAGAUAGUUACACACGACGCACUCUAGAUAAUAUUUUGAUAAUUACAGUAAGUACACUAAUUAUGACGGCAGAGCACACAAUUCCAGUACAAACAAUGAAAUGCGGAAAUGACAUCGUACACCUAAUUUUAUUUUAGACAUUAAUUUAACCUAAAUAGUUAUGUUUUGUUUCAACUGUGAUUAUUUAGUUGUACAACUCUAAAAUUACAUAAAAGAAUAAAUAAAGUAUGAAAAAUG